UCAUGGCUAAAAAAUCUGAUUCAAAUAUAAAGUUAAUAGGUGAAAUUGUGAGUAAAAAUAAAGUAGAUUUAAAAGCUUAACUUUUAACAAAAAACAUGGAAUAUGAUAUGAGUGUUUCGUAGAUUGAAGAUAAUGGAACUGAUUAUGUAUUAAGAUGUAUUAAGGGAAUGUAUAGAGGAAUGUUUAUAUAUCUUAAUUUAGUGGAAAAUGGAGAAACUAUUGGUAGUGAUGAUAGUUGUACUUUACAAAUGGAAGAUUGUGGAUUAGAGAAAACUCAUGUGAAAAUUAAAUAUAAGUAUAAUGAAGAAUAAAAGAAAAAUGGAUAUCAUCUUACAUGUUUUGGUCCAACUUUAAUUAAAAUUCGUUAUGAUUGUCCUGCUCUCAUUAAAAAUAAUAUGGAAAUAACAAUAGGAAAAUAAAUUUAUAUUAUUUAAACUGUACAAGAAGGUUUUAAUGAAAUUUUAGAAUGGCUUUCAAUUUAUGAUCUUUAAGGAUUAAAGCACUUUUUCUUUGGAAAUAAUAUUCAUAAUCUUAAAUAACUAAAAUAGAAUAAAAUAGAUUAAUUAAUAAGUUCAGUGUAAUCUUAUAGUGCCACACAAGAUUAAUUGCUUAAAUUAAGAGAAGCUUAUAAUUAAAUAGAUGAUAUUAUACUUUAAAAUUAUGAUGCAUUUAAAAUUAAUUUAUUGGAUAAAAAAAAGAAAGUAAUAGUUUUAUAAUUUGGAUGGUCUGGUGCAACAAUUAGUUCCAAAACUCAAAGAUAUUAAAAACCUCCUGAUAUUUUACUUAAGAAAUAAGAAAUAGAUGAUUUAGAAGAAAAUCCAGAUUUUUAAUUAUUAAUAAAAUUCAUAUAAGGAAAAUAUUGGAUUUGGGGUUCUAAGACUGAUACUUAUAAUACAUUUUAUAAAUAAAAUAAAGAAGAAAUUAGAGUGAUUUAACCUGAUGAUGUUAUCAAACUAAAUACUAUAGAGUUGUUAGUUUAAAGAUUUAAUUAUGGAUGUUUUUAAGAUCCUGGAACAAAAAGAACUUAAGAAGAUAGAUAUACAAUUAUAUAAGAUUUACAAGUAAGUAGUAGAGUUCCAGUUUCAUGUUAUGCUAUAUUUGAUGGACAUAAUGGGAAUUCUUGUGUUAAUUAUAUGUCUUAAAAUCUUAUGGAUAAUAUAAGAGAGGAUUUUAAUUAAGAAUAGAAAGAAUUUGAUCAUCAAAAUAAAUUCUUGGCUUUUCUAUUUGAAAAUAUUAGAUCCACUUUUAAAGAAACGGAUAAUGACUUUUUAACUGAAGUUGUAUAGCCAAAUGCAUCUACUGAUUCAGGAUGUGUGGCUGUUGUAGUUAUGAUAAUAGGUGAUUAUAUUGUUAGUAUAAAUUGUGGCGAUUCUAGAGCAAUAUUAUCAAGACAAGGAGAAGCUAUAAGUUUAACAGAAGAUCAUAAACCAAAUGUUCCUUCUGAAUGUGCCAGAAUAAAAAAAAAAGGUUGUGCUGAUAUAAUUGGUGGAAGACUUGGAAAUCUUGCUGUUUCUAGAGCUUUUGGUGAUUUUGGUGAAAAAAAGAAAUAUGUAAAAAAUACAAUCACUGCAAAACCUGAUAUAAGAGUAACUAAAAUUGAUUAUAGAACUGAUGAAUUUAUACUAUUAUGUAGUGAUGGUAUUAUUGAUGGAUUUGGUAAUACAGAGGAAUCUGAAUAGAAUAUGUAAUAAAUAUCACCAAGUCAAAGAGUAAUUGAAUUUGUUAGAAAUAUGUAUAAAGAAUAAUAGAUUGGAUUAUAAGAUCCUUAAGAUGCUGCAUAAUAAGUAGUACUAAAAGCAUAUUAAUAUAAUGUAACUUAUAGAAGAUAAUCAGAUAAUAUCAGUUGUAUUAUUGUAAACCUUACUCGAGGAAUUGUUUUUUGA